AAAGCUGAGAAAUGUAGUUGCUAUUUGUCUUUUUUAUCGUGCAAUUUUCAUUUGGGUAUUCUAAAAAUGCUUGUGACGAAAAACUGGUUGAAUUUGAGAGGAAAUUAGCUGCUUUGGAAAGUUUUAAUCUAAAACUGGCUCGGAACUUAAAAAAUACAGAGAAAACGCUUGAAAACUCAGAAAAAGAAGUCAGAUCUUUAAAAAAUGAGAACAUUCAUAUACGUGAAAAGUUACAAAAGACAACUCUUGGACUCAAUGAAAUUUCGAUGCGCGUUGACAAAAUGGACAAUGGAAAACAAUGUUCCGACAAAAACAAAUCGAAAGCUCUAACUAAGUUUCUAGAAAAUCAAAAACUUCGGAAUUUAACUUACUUAGGUAAAAGUGAACAAAAAAGACUGAUUGGAAAAGACAACACCAUAACCCCGACUCCUACCGCACAAAGAAUCGGAUUCACUGCAGUUACAACGGAUCAUCAGAUGCAUUUGAUGAUAGACAGUACUGUCCAUUUCCUUAAAGUCAUCACCAAUGCCGGCAAUGGGUUUGACCCAAACACAGGUAUAUUUCGGGCACCCGUUUCAGGUUUAUACCUCUUCAGUGCAUCCAUUCUAAGCCUUGCUGGCCAUGAAGUCCGAUGUGAAAUAGCAAAAAACGGAGACGUCGUGGCCUAUAUAUUUAGCGGAGACAAUGCAACGUAUUCUACAGGAACUCAAUCAGUUUUACUCGACCUCGUACAACAUGAUGAAAUUUGGAUAAAAAUAACCAAUAAUAAUGAUGUGCAUGUUCUAGGAGGUGGUUGGUCAUCCUUCAUAGGGGUAUUGAUAUCUCAAUAAUUUAGUAAAGGUUUUGUCAA